CAGUGAGUCUUAAAGCAAAAAGUCAAACCUAAGAAAACUGUCUCCGUUGGCGAACCGAAGGAAGGGAGAGAGAGAGAGAGAGAGAGAGUGAAACUUGAAAGAAUGGAUGUGAAGAAGAAUAUAGUUGGAGUUGAUCGCGGCGAGGUGAUCGAGACGUGGCUGAAGAAACACCGUUUGAUCUACACGGGAGCUACCAGACACCCUUUGAUCCUCAGCAUUCGAGAUGGGACCGUCCAUCUCUCCUCCUUCAAAAGAUGGCUGGGGCAGGACUGCAUAUUUGUUAGAGCAUUUGUCCCAUUUGCAGCGAGUUUGCUGAUAAAAGCUUGGAAAGAAUCUGAUAAUAGAAGUGAUCUGGAUGUCUUAUUGGGGGGUUUGGCAGCUCUCAACGAUGAGAUUGCUUGGUUUAAACAGGAAGCUGCCAAAUGGGGUGUUCUGCUCUCUGAAAUUGUUCCUCAGAAGACAAACGAAGAGUAUUGCAGAUUCCUGGAGAGUUUAAUGAGCCCUGAAGUUGAAUAUACAGUGGCAAUCACUGCCUAUUGGGCCAUAGAAGCAGUAUAUCAAGAGAGCUUUGCUCACUGCUUGGAAGAUGGCUCAAAAACUCCACCAGAACUCCUUGAAACUUGCCAAAGAUGGGGAAAUCCGGGUUUUGGUCAGUAUUGUUCUGCUCUUCGAAAUAUUGUCAAUAGAAGGUUGGAGAGAGCGUCAGAUGAUCAGCUGAAAGAGGGUUUAGAUGAUGUGCUUAAGAAAGCUGAAGUAGUUUUUCUACGUGUUCUUGAAUAUGAAGUUGAUUUCUGGAACAUGAGCCGUGGAGAUUCCUUGUGAACAACUCUGGUACUAACCAAAUGCUGCAGAUAUAUGCAUCUCACAUCCUUUUCCAAACAACAUCUGUCAGCUUUGAUUUCCCUAUUUUUAAUUUUUGUUUUUGCAAGGUUUUCGAGUAGACAAUCCUUUUGAUGUAUAAUUAUAUAUCCUGUAAGAUGUAACAUGGCUAUAAAUGCAUGCAAUUCCAUCAUGGAAGUUUUCUACA